UGGCUACCGCAGUUCAGAGCUGAACUCGUUCACAUGCUGUGAUUAGUGUGAUCAACAACGGCGAGUGUUCAACCUAGACGAUUGCUGAUAUAACUUUUACAACUGAGACGUCUUCACUUCGCCAGAGUAAACGAACGCAGUGUGUUUAUGAGACGCGUCUCUGAAACGAAAGAAGAGAUGGAUAUCUGCGCAUCCUCCGCGUCUCUCCUUGAGGAAGAACUCGCCUCUGCUAUCGAGCCUGCAGUGAAAGCGGCUGUGCUGAGCGUCAUGUCUGCGUUAGCAAAGUUCGUGGACAGUAAAUGUGCAGUUUUCAAUCUCAGACUGGACCAAAGAGACCAAGAGUUCGAAAGUGUGAGAUUGCGAUUAGAAAUAGCGGAGAGCGAGUUGAAAGCAAUGCGAGACGGAGAAUACACGAACACUGGCGAUAAGAACUUCACACAAUCUUUCACAAACACUGAAACACAAUACCACGGGAGCGACAGUAUUAUUGCUCACGGGCUGCCGGCGCGGGAUUUCUCCACUCUUCCAGUUCAGCCAGUCAGGGAUCCGGUGCCUGCAGCCCAGACCGCAGUGAAAAGCUCACGGGUUUUAAUCCAGGAGGAUGGAAGCUAUUCUGAGCAGGACCUGCUGAUGCGAGGUGAUGACUCUGAACAGAGAGACCACACAAGCACAGCGGGGUGGAGAAGAGCACUGAAAGGUCCUGCAGAGAGAAAUGCUCUCCCUCAUGCUGAGGAAGGGUCGAAGGCAGAAUCAGUUCCCAUUCAAGAGGAGCUCUUUGACCAGGAAUGGUGCAGGAGUCCAGAGCAGGCUAUAGAGCUGACAUCUAUUGAAGGGGAGGAGGAGACACAUGCACUAGAUCCUGUCCACAUUAAUGAAGAGAUCCCUGGAAUUGAACCGGUCAUCAUUAAAGAGGAGGUUCUUGAACUUGAAUCUGACCCCAUUGAAGAGGGGGGUUCUGACCACUUUGAAAAACAGCAGCAAAUUCACACAGGAGAGCAACUGCAUCUCUGCCUGGUAUGUGGGAAGAGUCUCAGUACAUCAACAGAGCUGAAAAGACACCACCGAAUUCACACAGGAGAAAGACCAUACUGCUGCACUGAAUGUGGAAAGAGUUUCAAUACCUGUACAGAACUGAAAAGACACCAUCGCUUUCAUACAGGGGAGAAGUUACACCAUCUUAAAAUGCACCAGAAAAUUCACUACGGAAGGAAGUUGUAUCGCUAUAAUGGAUGUGAGAAGAGUUUCACUCAGUUAGGAAACCUGACAUUGCAUCAGCGAAUGCACACAGGAGGGAAGCUGUAUCACUGCACUGACUGUGCAAAGGAUUUCAAUACAGCAGCAGAGCUCAAAAUACACCAGCGAUCUCACACAGGAGAGAAACCAUAUCGCUGCUCUGAGUGUGAGAAGAGUUUCAAACAAGUGUCCCGCCUUAAAUCCCACCAGCGAAUUCACACAGGAGUGAAGCCGUAUAGCUGUGAUCACUGUGGGAAGAGAUUCACUCUGUCUACUGACCUGAAAAGACACCAACGAAUUCACACAGGAGAGAAACCUUAUAGCUGCACUGAUUGUGAGAAGAGUUUCAAUCAAAUAUCCCACUUUAAAGCCCACCAGCGAGUUCACACGGGAGAGAAGCCAUAUAGCUGUGAUCACUGUGGGAAGAGAUUCACUCGGGCAGGAAAUCUGGUGUCACACCUUCGAGUUCACACAGGGGAGCAGUCGACUCACUGCGCUCAAUAAGAGAGAUUUUAUUUUCCACUCCCAGUUGUAAAAGCACAGAGUAUCCAGACACUUCACUAGGAACAGUAGCACUGUGCCUCCAUCACAAGAUGACUCAGUCUAGUGGAAGCGGAGAGUAUAUAAGACCCUGAGAUGCAACUGGACUUUUUGAUCCAUUUGUCAAAAUGAACUUGUCUCCUGAUCCCUGAUUUGUCUGAGUUAUUAAAAUGUAAAUCCUGGGAAGGACUUGUAUGAUUUUUUUGCAUGGAUGUAUAUUAUAGUUUCAUGAAUACAAGCUUCAUUUAAUUCAUACUUACAGAGCCUGUCUGUCAGAUUCCUGUAGUUCAGCACUGCAGAGAUCAGAAAUCAUUUUGUUUAGGAAUAUAUAAUGACUUGUGUUCGGACUUUUAUGACCUAGUUUUUCAGACUCUUGCCCCGUGCUCACUAAAUAGCUUGGUAUCCCUGAAUAUAUCAUUACUAGCAAUGCAGAAUGACUGUGUGGGGCAAUUGUUCUUCAUUUUACCCUAAACAUGUUUCUGUAAUGGUGACAGCCAAGAAUACCAUCUUGCAGAACUCCUUACAAUGAAGAAAUUGUUGUCUGCCAUCACUGUAUAAUGCAUUUCUGUUUGUAAAUGUUAUUUGAACCUUUAAUUAAUUUCCAGGAAAAUAUAGGCCUAUGGUAUUAUAGAUUCUAAUUAGAAUAAAAUGGUUCUGCAAUACA